CCUACUUGCAAUAUACACAGUGGAGCCAACGAGGGUUGGAAGGCGGCGCGGAGGGGUGCUUUGGGGUUGAGGCGGCCGGGCUGGGGAAGGUUUUGCAAGGGGCGCCCGGGCUGGAUGGCUUGGCGCUGGUAGGAGCAGCAGCAGCCGCCGCCGCGUGCAAAGGAGAGCCGCCGCCGCCGCCGCCGCUUUUGUUGUGCCGAGCCUUUGGGCUUGCGAAGUGUGCCGUCUUCCCUUUGGAUCGCCGCCCUCGGGUGUCCAGAUUGCCAUGGCAGACCACAUGAUGAUGCCCAUGAGCCACGGUGUGAGCGGGAUGCAGACCUACCGCAUGGGGGUGAACGCGAUGCAGGCGCCGCCGCAGCACGGGCAGCACAUGCUAAGGACGCUACCCGCCAACCACCAGAUGAUGCAGUACGGCGGCCCCGCCAUGGAUGGUGGCAUGCGGCAGAGGCCGGGCAUCAGUGGACAGAUGGGCCACCACCAGGUGCCCAACACGAUGUUCAGCAGUCCCAGCCAGCAGCAGCAAUACAUGGGGCCGGUGGGCACGCAGCAGCUCAUGGCCAGUAUGCACUUACAGAAACUCAAUACGCAAUACCAGGGUCACCCUCUCAUGGGUAUGAGCAAUGGACCCAUCGGGGCCGGCGCCCCGCAGUAUAGAGUGGGACCCGGCCAGCACCCCGCCAUGCAGCAUAUGCCUUCUCCCGCCUUGACCUUGAACAUUAUGGACACGGAUCUCAUUGACGAAGAGGUCUUGACCUCCUUGGUCAUGGAACUGGGUUUGGACCGGAUUCAGGAGCUGCCGGAACUCUUCCUGGGACAGAACGAGUUUGACUUCAUCUCUGACUUUGUCAGCAAACAGCAGCCCAGUGCCAUCAGCUGCUGAGGGUCCCUGCUGGAGGUUGGCGCUUCUGCUCAGUGGCUUGGUUUUGAUGAUCCUUCCCCACCCACCCACCCAAAAAACACCCAACCCCUUGUUCUGUCUUCCCUGUGCACAGACGUACAGGUGUUCUCGGCUGGCCCACCUCCCCGAAACACAAUGGACAAUCACUGGAGGCUUUCUGGCUUGCACUGCUUUGCUCCCUCGGGUGAGGUCGCAGGUGUCCUUGGAUUGGAGGAAGCAGAAGGCUUUUUGCGGGUGGAACCAGGAUGGAGUCCUGUCGAAGAUGGUUCCCCCUGGCAGCUACAGAACUUCUGUCCCAAGGAGAUGGGCCUCUUACAAAACUACUGUCUGGACUACAAAGGGUGGGCGGGCGGGGAAAGAGCGCAGCAGAGAUCUGCUUCGAUAUUGGCUUUGCCUCGGGAGUCUGCAAGCUACUUGGAACACACCCCUCCAUGUGUGCGUGUGGUGGUGUUGUGUGUUGGGUUUUUUGUUGUUAACCACUCUCCCACUGCCAGGGGAAGUUGUGUGGUUUGCUCUGUUGCUUUCCCUCCCCCCCCCCCCAUUAUUGCCCCUCAAUACUGUGAAAUUAACAGCCAGUUUGUUCUCCUCUUGCAUUAGAGAUCACUGCCUUUGGGUUGGUUUUUGAUGUUUGUUUGUUUGUUCCUCCCCCUUCAGUUUAUUUGCUUUUGAAACAAAAAAGCAAACUCUGGAAACAAAAUAUUUGGGGGAUAGGUGUAUGCAUGCCUGAUCCCCCUUCAAGACCCAGGCCAUCUUUUGUUAUUAUUAUUUUUUUUUUCAGAGGGCGGGGGGCAAAAUUCAACUAAUUGGGUGAAGAUCAUAAGACUUCCUUCCAGGCUGUGACAACCAGAAGCUUUAAGCCGAAACUCUUUCUGCCUCUGAAACCAAAUAAAAUCCUUGUAAUUGUG